GUUCUUUAGACUUCAUCACCCGGGACUUUUUUUUUCUGGGAGACUUUACUUGAAGAGGGUUUUAUGGGUUUUUAGUGAAGAAGAAGAGAAGAGAAGAGAGAGAGAAAGAGAGAGAGAAAGAGAGAGAGAAAGGGUGGCUCUAUAAAGCUUCUCUAAAGGUCUCUCUUUAAUCUUUCUUCUCUAUCUCUCGCUCUUUUUCGUUUAAUCUUUUGACGUUCUUUUUGCUAUUUCUAUGGCUCUUCCCAUACCUCUUAUUCUUCACACUUUGCUGCAUUUGUUUUGAUGCAAAAUGAACGGUUCAGAUAUGCCUCUGUCCAAAGAUCCAGCUUUCAAGCUCUUUGGUCGAAAGAUUCCGGUUCCCGAUACCCAGAUUCCGGCCAAACCACCUUCCCAGAACAGCUGUAGUGAAAUUACAAAAGGAGAAACUGAUCGUCUCAAUGAAGACAAUUCUGGGGAGCCAGAUAAGUCUGCAGUGUCAGGACAAGGUAAAGAAGAAAACCAAACACCUGUGCAUGAAACACAAGGAACUUCUAAACCAGAGGAAGACCAGGUAGAGACUAAUAGUGUAGACCAAGAGAAAGUUUUCAAGAAGCCAGAUAAGAUCAUACCAUGUCCAAGAUGUAACAGUUUAGAUACAAAAUUUUGUUACUUCAACAACUAUAAUGUCAACCAACCGAGACAUUUUUGCAAGAAUUGCCAAAGAUAUUGGACAGCUGGUGGAACAAUGAGAAAUGUCCCAAUUGGUGCUGGCCGGCGGAAAAAUAAGCACUUAGCUUCUCAGUACCGUCAAUUAUUGGUAUCUUCUGAAGGGGUGCCUAUUACCAGAGUGGACAACUCAGACUCGGCCAAUCACCAACUCGUUUCAUCUGUUGAAUCUGCAACCACUUUGAGGCCUUCAACGACAGGAAAUGGAAUGGUUCUAAAAUUUGGCUCUGAAGCACCGCUUUGUGAGUCCAUGGAGACGGUGCUCAAUCUUGAAGAUCAAAAGAAAUAUGCUGAGAUGAGUUCAGUCAAUAGUCGAGAUAACAUAGAGGAGCCAUCCUCUUGUGGAUCCUCUAUGACAGCAUCCAGUUGCCGGAUAAAUGAAUUACCGGAAACCGUCGCACAAAAAGAGCUAGUUGGCUUGCCGGGAUCUCCUAAUGAGCUCACCGUGCCACAGCCUCUGCAAUGUUACCCUGUUCCUCCAUGGGUAUGCCCCUGGAACCCGGGUUGGAAUAAUGCAACUUCCAUGGCAGCAGCUCAUCAUUCUGUCGGGCAUCCUUCCAUGCCAAAUAGCAUUAGUUCCAGUCAGGUUCAAUGGUGCCCUACACCAGUAUUGGCAAUUCCAGGCUUUUGUCCACCAAAUGUUCCUUUACAAUUUGUACCAGCUUCAUAUUGGGGUUGCAUGCCCGUGUGGGAUGCUGGAACAAGAAACACAUCCCUCGGUGAAUCUAAUGGUUGCUCUUCUCCAUCGUCCUCUACUACCACUAGUUGCUGCUCUGGAAAUGGUUCACCAAACCUAGGCAAGCAUUCUAGAGAUUCAAAUCUUAUGGACGAAGAGAAACCAGAGAAUUGUAUAUUGGUUCCGAAGACACUGAGAAUUGAUGAUCCAAAUGAAGCUGCAAAGAGUCCUUUAUGGACCACAUUAGGUCUUAAACUUGACCAGAAGAGUCCUGUGCCCAAAGGUACCAUCUUCAAACCUUUUGAAAACAAAGCAGAAGGAAAGGAGGGCAAUGUAUCAGAUUCCUCUCAUAUUCUAGAAGCCAACCCAGCAGCUCUUUCUCGCUCUCAUACAUUCCAGGAGAGCAGCUAGAGGGAAGGGGGGGGGGAGGGUUUGAUGAACUUCUGCCGUGCAAUCUGUUCCAAUUGAUAUUGCAGGGAUUUGUUGCAUGUGAAGAAAAUGUAGCAUCAGCUGUCUUUUGAGAAAUCAUGCUUUUAUGAUAAAUUAUGAUUCUUUGAGUAUGAAAAAAACAAAUUACUGGGAAAUCAAAAGUUGCUUAUAAUCAACAGCUUUGUCAACGUUUCUAUUCAAGAGUUCACAAUGUAAAUAUUUGAAUAUCUUUAGUGAGUGUUUUGUGGUCUGCGGCCUGUUGUAGGUUUCAGUUCAUAUUCAUGCACACCAUCAGCUUUGAGUUGGCAGAAAAGUAAGAGAAAGUUCUGCUAAAUGUUGUCUGUGUAAUUUCAAACCAGGUACAAUUACAAGGCUAACCCGUGUUUUGCAAUCCUUACAAGUUUUCAGUACUUGUCUCCUAGACUUCAAAAGAAAACGUCUGCAAGUUUUUUUGCUUUCUUCAAAAGUUGUUGCCUUUCAUAUUUGUUUCUUCAAUUAUUUGUUAUGUAAUUUAUCAUGAAUAAAUGAUUUAACGCAUCUGAUGGGAUGUUAAGUAUCACUUUCACAAGCAAGAAGUGCAUUCUUUGGUCGUUCUUGAUUCAAUUUGGAGAACGGACACCAGAAGUUGUCCAAUCCUUAGAACUUGUAGCUCUCCAUGCCGAAGUUCACAGCCUUUUACAUCAUGUUGAUCGUCCCUUUUACAGUAUUUUGGCUUUGCUUAUGAGUUCCUACAAGAAGCAUAUUCCCAGGUGGCAGUUUCAGACCUCACCUGUAGAGAUAUCUUUGUGCUUAAGGUUUCUGUCCUGGAGAUGCCACAUGUCGGAUAGAAUCAGGAAGCAAAAUUGGCAUUUGCAGUUUCAGUCAAGCCAUGUUACAUACGUUGCCAAUCAUAUUCUGCCACCUGGUAGUAGAAUUGGAUUUUUUCAGUAAUGGCACAUUUUUAGGUUCAUGAAAGUUCUGUUUCUUGUGGCUGGGGAUGUCAGAAUUUCCAACAGGGAAACCCUUUAAGACGUGGUAUGUAAACUUUUUGCUGCUUCUUUUAUCAUCUUUUUUUCUAUUUUCUUUUUAAGCUAAUCCAAGUGCCAAGUACAAAGCUUUGUCCAACCAAACAAAGCCCACCUUUGAAACCUUGCUUAUGCUGCUCUUCUUUUUCCCUGGAAAUGUUCUGCAGGAAUGAUCCACAGCUGCAAAAGGAAUAUAUGUCUCCUUUGUGUUUAUCUCCUUUAAAAGAAAGGCUUCAUCUGUCUCCAAGUUCAAGAAAGUGAAUUCAUUUUUAUUAUCACUAAAGAGAUAAGAUAAAGCAAGGGCUCAAAUUCUUUCUUUGGAGCCUUUAGAAAAUAUUGUAAAGCACAUAUAGUUUGUUACUUUAUGGCCUUUACAUAAUAACUCAUCAAAUAUAUUCUUCAGAAUAUAAUAGUUGUGGAGAUAAGCAGUGUGCAGAGGGGUCCUCUUGAAAGGUAUUAUGUAUUCUUCCUUAACUGUUCAGAUAAGCCUUUGCUCUUUUUCUUUUUCUUUUUUUUAUGGGUUACAUAGAUUUCAUAACAAAAUUAUCGAAGAAAAACGGCUCGUACACUAUCACUUAGUAAACAAUAGAAGAUAUCUGUCGGAGGAUCUGAAAGAAACCGAUAGUCUAGCUGUAACCCCUUGGCAAAGCCAGCAAGCCGAUCAGCCGCACAAUUAGCCUCCCUGAAGACAUGCACGACACUGAAACGAGGAAUGGAA